AUGGACAGCAGAAGACAGUUUGCAGGAACAUGCAUGUUCGCCUGGGACUGCAUGAAAGCCAACGGAACCCAUCUGGGUACGUGCAUAGACCGAUUCUACUUCGGCAGCUGCUGCCUGAUAGUGGAUAGACCAUUUGUGCCGAAUCCGGACGAGACGAUCGAGAACGAAAUCCCACCGCUGAUCGGCGCCGGGAAUUUCGACUUGAAACCGCGUCCGGACGGACUCGGUUUGAUAAAGACGUCCACGACGUCCACCUCCACGACGUCCACCCCCGAGACGAUCCCGACGUCGCCCUCCACGUGGAUCCAAGACGGCGCGUCCACGUGGCCCCCGACGUCCCUCGACAGUGCGAGUGAAACGACGACGUCGCCGAGUGCGGACGACGCAUCCACCAGUGAUUGCGGCGACGAAUGUGAGGACGGCGGCGGCGACGGAGAGGGCCUGAUCACGUUCACGAUGGUGCACCCGACCACGCGUUCCCCGGCCACGUUCUUGCCCCCGACCACCACCUCCUACGGCCCACUCUUCACGUGGAUGAGCGUCGUGGGCGUGACGGAUCCGCCGCAGAAGGAGACGACCAUCUUGCCGGCCACCUGGAUCCCCACGACCCCCGCUUCGUUCACCGCCACUCCGAAAAAGGAAGGUUCCAGCACGUCGACGCCUACCACGAUGGGAGUGAUAGCACCCGCGACGUCCCCUCCACCCUCGCGCCGACCAGGACUGGACAUCGUCACCACCACCACUGUCAGGACAACUCCUACCACAACCACCACCACCCCCCAAACGUCUCCUACUACUACUACCACCACCACCGCCACCCCCAAAACGUCUCCUACUACUACUACUACCGCCACCACCACCACCACAACCACCCCCAGAGCGCCUCCUCCUCCUACUACUACCACCUCCACCACCACCCCCAGAACGUCUCCUCCUCCUAUUACUACCACAACCACCACAACCACCCCCAGCACGCGUCCGCAUCCGCAUCCUCAUCCUCAUCCUCCUACUCCUACUCCUACUACUACUACUACCACAACCACCACCAGAGCACCUUCCACUACCUUAACUACCCCCACCACUACCACUCCUACUAAGACCACCUCCACCACUACUCCCUCGACUUCAUCGUCAUCCUCCACGACAACGACCCCUCUCCCUACCUCUGCACCAAGCACAACGGAACAACACAGCACCAAACCUUCUACGACCCCCAAGACGACAGCCGAGCCCACGACGACUCACUCGUUCGAAAGCAAGACCACCACCCCCUUACCGACUUCAGAGACCCCAACUUCUACCACCACCAUCAAUUCCACAGAUCCCACGACCACGACUAUCCCUCCACCUUCUACCACUACCAUCGAUCCGACUGAUUUCAAACAAGCGAUGCAUCCACUGCGAGGCGUCCUGUAUCUCCUCGUGGCAUCCUCGCAGACGAGGAAUGCCUGUGCCAUUCUCUCCCAGCCUUCCGCUCGUCUCGUGUGUGGGAGGCAGUUCUAUCCCCAAGGAAGGAUCGUGGGAGGGAAUCGGGCCGACUACGGGGAAUGGCCCUGGCAGGUGUCGCUCCGACAGUGGAGAACGGCCACGUUUCUGCACAAAUGCGGCGCGGCCCUCCUGAACGAGAACUGGGCCAUCACAGCCGCCCACUGCGUCGAAGGCGUCCCCCCCGACGACCUGCUCCUCCGCCUCGGCGAAUAUGACCUCGCCACCGAGGAGGAAUCCCACGGCUACGCCGAGAAGAAGGUGCAGAUCAUCGCCACGCACCCCAACUUCGACCACCGGACGUUCGAGUACGACCUCGCCCUGCUCCGCUUCCUGGACCCCGUCCGCUUUCAGCCCAACAUCAUCCCCAUUUGCUUGCCCGAGGACGACAACGAGUACUUGGGGCAGUACGGCUACGUCACGGGUUGGGGCCGCCUUUACGAAGACGGACCAUUGCCGUCAGUGAUGCAGGAGGUAGCGGUGCCGGUGAUCAACAAUAGCGUCUGCGAGCAGAUGUACCAGAAGGCCGGCUACAGCGAGCACAUCCCGCACAUCUUCCUCUGCGCCGGAUACGGGAAAGGGGGCCUGGACUCGUGCGAGGGGGAUUCGGGAGGUCCGCUGGUCCUGAAGAGGCCGGACGGGCGUUGGCUCCUGGCGGGGAUCAUCUCGUGGGGAAUCGGCUGCGCGGAACCCAAUCAGCCUGGCGUCUAUACUCGAAUCUCGGAGUUUCGGGAAUGGAUCAACAAGAUCAUCGUGUUUUGACGGACGGCCCUUCCUGUUUUCCUCGUGAAUCUCGUGCCACGGGUCCCGAGUCCAUCAGCAGAGGUGUCCUCGACCGGACCCCGACAAUCUAGGCUGGAUUUUUUUUUUAACUUUCCAAAUGGAAACGAUUGGGUUUCCUCACGAAAUGUGAUAUUUGUAGAAAAAGGUAGAGAGAUUUAUGAGGCCAAUUCCCCCUGCUGGAUGCGUUUGUUAUCACCUUCGUCUCUAAUGUUACCAUGUCGACAAUCUCUACUUUGUUCUUUGUUGUUUUACUCCGAGCCACGAUGGAAACCAAAGGUCCCGUUGGGUCCCUUGUACCUGUGCUACUUCGUUGUUGUUGUCGCAAUCUUUCGUUAUUGUCGCACUGUUCUCGUCCCUCGUUUUUGUUCCCUAUUUAAUAAUUUAUUCCAAUCGACGGAAGGGAAGUCUUGCCAUGCUGAGUCGCUCACGGUGCCGCAUUGUCUGGAAACUUUGAGGAUUA